UCAGGGUGGAACAGGUCUGUUCCCUCUCUCUGCAGUCAAAGUCAAUCAAAGGGCCUACAAAAUGGAGAUGACUGAGGCAAUUAUUGAGAGAAACGAUGAUGAAGAAAACACCCAAGAUUUGGAAAUACACACCAGACUCAAGCUGGCUACAAUGUGUUUUGGGGUGCUAUGUGUUAUUCUACUAGUUGUCAUCAUAUCAUUCAAAUCGCACAGCAGCAACAACGCGAGCUAUGAGACAUUUCAGCAACAAACCCUCGACAACUUGACCCAUGAGAUAGUCCAAUUACAAUCCCGCUACAAUAACCUGACCAUAGACAGAGACCUCGUACAGACACUUUUCUACAACCUGACCCUUCAAAAGUCACAGUUAGAGGACAAAUUUAACAACGUGACCAAAGAAAAAGACAUCUUACAGACCCUUUACGACUAUUUGAACACAGAGAACUCUCAGCUACAGAGCCGUUACAACAACUUGACGAGAGAGAGGGAUGAGCUGAGGAGCCAACGUGACGUAUUAGUGUCAAGGCGCAUCAAGGACGGAUGGAUUCGCAGAAAUACAAGUCUCUAUAAAAUCAGUAUUACGAAAAAAUCCUGGGGCGAAAGCCGAAAAUUUUGUUUGAAAAUGGGGACAGAUCUGGUGAUUGUGAAUGAUGAAAAUGAACAGCAAUUCAUAGCACCAUACAAGAAUCACUGGAUUGGUCUUUCGGAUACAGAAGAGGAGGGUGUCUGGAGAUGGGUGGAUGGCACAGUACUGACAAACCCCUACUGGGCACCUGGUGAACCUAAUGAUGAUGACGUCGAAAAAGAGGGCGGUGAAGACUGUGCAGAAAUCUCUUCAGAUGCUACAGACUUUUCAAAAGCUUGGAAUGACAUGCUGUGCUCAACUGCAUUUCAAUAUAUUUGUGAGGACCAUAUUUGAGCAUAUUAAUAUCCUCUGAAUUGAUUCUCUUCCUGACUGUAGUGCAUUAUAAAAAUGUCUUUUGCAAAACACGAUGGGGAAAAAGUCACCUUCAUUCCUAUCUUGCAAUGUUAAUCCAGCAUCCAGUUAAAGCAAAAGUACACAUUGGUAAUGCUAGACUUGUCUUCGCUGAUGACAUUGUGUCUGAUGUAAAUACUGUAGUCCAGGCCAUGUAACCUCAUCAUUACCAAACCACAACCACAGAAUACAAAGUGUAAAUUUUGCUGUCAAUAAUACAUUUUGUUUGUUUGUUUGCUUGCUUGAUUAAAAAAUAAUAAUAAUAAAAAAAAAAAAAAGGGGGCAGCCGUGGUGUUCUGGUUAGGGCUUGGGGCUUGUAACCGGAGGGUUGCCAGUUCGAUCCCCGACCAGUCCACCACGGCUGAAGUGCCCUUGAGCAAGGCACCUAACCCCUCACUGCUCCCCGAGCGCCGCUGGUUGGGCAGGCAGCUCACUGCUCUGGGUUGUGUGAUUCACCUCAAUGUGUGUUCACUGUGUGCUGUGUGUUCACUAAUUCGGCUAAAUUGGGUUAAAUCACGGGAUCAAAAAAGUAUAUAUUCUAUUCUAUUCUAUUUUUGCUUCACUGCAAUAAUCAAAUAGCCUAUUUUUCAUAAUCAGUGUGUUCAUAUAGCCAGCUAAUGUACUUGUCAAUAUUUUUUUUACCACGAUCAUCAUGUGUAGGCCCAUGUUAUUUUGGUAUUGAUAGUUGAUAGACAGGGCAUACUGUAAAUAGAUUAUCUGUUAAUGCUCAUGAGGUUUUACACGAGCAUUUAGAGCCGUGAUGUGUCAAAGAUGAAAAGUCCCACUGUGAGAGCUUUUGGAGUUAAAAAAGAAAGUUAAGAGUUUGGGAAGUGCAGUGUGUGCUGUGUCCAUUCCAUUGCAAUGUCAACAAACCAUCGAUAAAAACAUAGACAAAUUAAAAA